AUGUCGCAAAAACAAAAACGGAAAGUGUUAUCAGCUGAUCAAAAAUACGAAGUCCUUAAGUUGAAAGAAAAAGGUGUGGAUCGAAAAAACGUAAUACAAAAGUAUGGUAUUUCACUAUCCGCCUUGAGCAGAUUAUGUGCAAGCUUCGAUGAGUGUAAAAAACAAUUGGAGACCAACAGAAUGAUUAUUAUCCAUUCCAAAAGAUGUAGAUCAUGGCAACAGGUAACGGAUUUAGAAAGAGUUCUUUACCACUGGUGCAUACAAUGUAUGGAAAAAAACGUAAAAGUAACAGGAACGGAGAUACAGAAUAAAGCUCUGGAACUUAAUAAAAAAUUAAAUCUAUGUCCUCUUUUUAAAGCCAGUAACUCUUGGUUGGUAUACUUCAGAAAAGAUUACGGUAUUACUGAAGCGGAUAUGAUGGAUUAUCUUCCAUCCCCAUCUAAAAUUACAGCGGAUAUCUUCAAAGCUAAUUUUAACAAACUUCUUCAAGACGGGGGAUUCUCAUUGGAGAACGUUUACAAUGUCGUUUACACAGCAAUAUUGUGGAAAGCAGUACCAGAAAAUUCUUUGAUGUUUCGCAGUGCAAAAUCGACAGGAUGCCUAGAAAUGUGCGAAGAUCACGUAACUGCACUUUUUUGUGCAAAUGCUACCGGAUGUCACAAGCUGCCGGUACUAAUAAUCGGCACCGUUCCGGAAACUCUACGUGGAUGCAAUUUCAAUACAAAUACCUACUCAACUAUCUACAGAACAAACACCAAUGCUUGGAUGGACAAUAAUAUUUUCAAUGAGUGGUUUGAGAAAUAUUUCUUAGAAUCAGUUCAAGAAAGACAACAGAAGAACGGGCGCAAGGAGAAAACUUUGUUGUUAUUGGAUAAUGCUAGGUCGUUUCACGAUCUUCAUUAUCUAAAUGAUAAAGAUGAAUUCGUUACAGUUAUGAGUUUUCCACUUGACGUAUCAACACUCAUACAACCAAUGAAUUGUGAAAUAAUUCCAUGUUUCAAGCGUAUGUAUCGAAAAGAAUUCGCGAAAACAUUAGCUUUAUUACCUUUCCGCAAUAGCGCGGAAGAUGUGAUACGCAUGCAUAAGAUAUUAAACAUAUGGGAUAGCUGCCGCAUUGUACAUAAUGCUUGGUCACACAUCGACAAUACAAUACUGAAAAACGCGUGGAACAGUCUUUUGAACCAUGAAGAUACGUGGAUUGAGGAAUACUCAAAAAAGAUGAUAAUUGACGCAUAUGAAACAGUUAAUUUGCUGCGUUACUUACCUGGAUGCGAAUUGUGCGAUGUUUUCGAUGUGUUAAACUGGUUUCAAAUUGAUAACAUACAUAAUAUAGUCCUAAAAGUAUGUACCGACGAAGUUCUUCGAGAUUAUGAAAGCAAUACUUUGCCACAAGAGCACAUACAGAGUGUCCACGAUCAAGCUGGGCCUUCUCAUUAG